AUGUCCUCCGUGUUGAACGCCGUUAGGAGCCCCAUAAAGACUAUCAAGGAGCGCAGGUCUUCAUCCUCGUCAGGACACAGCUCUCCAUCCGAGAAACAGAAUGGCUCGGCCAACGGUCACUCGCGGCCCAUGUCCAACGGUGCCUCCACCGACUCGACUAGCUCGUCGAAGAACGCCGUGAAGAAGGCAGAGAAGCGUCAGGCAAAGGAGGACCAUAGACGACAGGUUCUUGAUAGACUCGAGGCCGAAAAGAAGGAACGCGACGCCGAACGCAGCGCGAGCGAGGCAAACUUGGGUCCCGACGACGCCUCGGACAACUAUGGCUUCCUGCCCCUCAUGCAGUCCACUGGCGAGUAUGUCAAAGCAAAGCCGUCCAGGUUCACUCCCAUUCGCAGCCUCCCAGAUGCCCACGGUAAAGAUGUCGUCAUUCGUUGCCGCAUAGAACACGUCCGAGCAACCGGUCACAAGCUCGCUUUCCUUCUCUUCCGUGACAUGACCGACACAGUCCAGGGUGUUCUCACCGUGGAGCCUGGGAAGGUGUCCGAGCAUAUGGUUAGAUGGGCAGAACGAUUCCUCAAGCGCGAAACCAUCGUCGAUGUCGAAGGUACUGUCGUUAGCCCCGCAGAGGACUCCAAGGGCGAGCAUGAGGAGGUCAAGGACGCGUCAAUCCACUCUGUCGAAAUCGCCAUCCACAAGCUGUUUGUCGUUGUCCAAGUCAAGGAGGACCCCCCGUUCGCCGUAAAGGACGAUGAGCGACCCGUCGAGGACUUCGAGAAGGAAGACGCUCACUUCAGUAAGAUUACCCGUCGUACCGCGAUGGACGCACGUCUGCUUGAUCUCCGCACCCGUACCAACCACUCCAUCUUCCGCCUCCGCGCCGGCAUGACCAAAGCGUUCCGGCAAUACCUCGACGACCUCAAUUUCCUCGAGAUCAACUCCUCCAAACUCCAAGGUGGCGCCACCGAGUCCGGUGCCUCCGUCUUCCAGGUCAACUACUUCGGCCGCCCCGCCUUCCUCGCCCAAUCCCCGCAGCUCGCGAAGCAGAUGUGCAUUGCGGCUGACAUGGACCGUGUGUACGAGAUUGGCCCGGUUUUCAGGGCGGAGAACUCGAACACUCAUAGACAUAUGACGGAGUUUAUUGGGUUGGAUGUUGAGAUGCAGAUCAAGGAGCAUUAUCAUGAAUGUUUGGAGACGAUCGAUGGCGUCUUGAAGUAUAUCUUUGAGGAGACUGUGCACGGGGAGAGGUGGGCCAAGGAUAGGGAGAUGGUGAAGAGGAUGUAUCCACACGAGGAUCUGGUGUGGCUGGAGGAGACGCUGGUUAUCAAGUACAACGAUGGAGUGAAGCUAUUGAGGGAGGACGGAGCGGAGGUGGGAGACUACGAGGAUUUCGACACACCGACGGAGAAGAGGUUGGGUCAGAUCGUCAAGCAAAAGUUUGGGACGGAUUAUUAUAUCCUUGACAAAUUUCCGCUGGAAGUGCGACCGUUCUACACAAUGCCUGAUCCCACCGACGAGAAAUUGUCAAACUCCUUCGACAUCUUCAUUCGAGGCGAGGAGAUCCUCUCCGGUGGUCAGCGUAUUCACGAGUCGAACAUGCUCAUCGAACGUAUGGAGAAGGCCGGUGUCGAUGAAAACUCUAUGAAGGAUUAUGUCGAUGGUUUCAAGUGGGGUGCUCCACCACAUGCAGGCGGUGGUAUCGGCCUCGAACGACUCGUCAUGCUCAUCUUCAAGCUCGGUGACGUCCGCGUCGCGAACCUCUUCCCGCGCGACCCGCGCAGCUUCCCGCUCGUGGGGAAAGACCAAGCAAGGAUGGACAUGAUGAUCCAAGGGACCAAAGCGGUCCCGCAUUCGAGGAAGGACCCACAGGUGGGACCGAAUGGAGAGUUGCCACCACUCGAGGCGAUGAUUGCGGCAUACGGGGACUCGACGAACACGUCCUAUCUGGACCCGAAGUACACCGUCUGGAGAGAUCACGAGACCGGGGCCGCUAUCGGGUAUAUCCCACAAGACAGCUACGCCGUCAUCUGGGGCCAACCUCUCACGCGACCGGAAGACCUCGAACAGACCUGCACGCGCUUCCUGCAGUACAUCCAGAAAGAGAAGAAGUUGAAGCCGCUCUGGGCUUGCAUCGAUGAGACGACGGAGGAGUUGUUGGCGGAGAAGUUCAAGUGGCGCGGAUUGUCGUGUAUCGCCGAGGCGAGGUUCGACCCUGUGGAGACGGAUGUCGAAGGCGAUAAGGAAUUGAGGAAGAAGAUCAAGCAGGCGGAGAGGGCUGGGGUGGAGUGUUAUACCGUGCAAGGGGAGGUGCCGGAGGAUGUGAGGGACCAGACGGAGGAGCAGUUGAGUGAGUGGGAUAGGGUGAGGGAGAAGAGGGGGGCGCAGAUACAUACGACGAGUGUGAGGCUUUGGGACGAUGCGGAGCAUAGGAGGUAUUUCUAUGCGGUGAACAAGGAGAAACAGGUGUGCGCGAUGGUCGUUCUCGCGCAACUCUCUCCGGAGCACGGCUGGCAAGUGAAAUGGGCCCUGAACUUCCCCAACGCACCGAACGGUGCGUCCGAGGCCAUCAUCGCACAUGCCAUCAAGGUCAUGGCUUCCGAGGGUGAGCGCCACAUGACGUUCGGGACGUCCGCUCGGGAGGUGAUCGAGCCCGCGAACAACGUCGGAGGGCUCAGGUUCAAGGGGAUGGCGAAGACGUACAAGAGCAUCACGAGCGCGUUCAAUCUGACGAACAAGACGGAUUUCAGGAGGAAGUUUGGGGUGGAGGAGGAACCGGUGUUCGUAGCGUAUCCACCGCAUGGGUUGGGGAUCAGUGGGUGCGGCGCCCUGCAUGGUACCGAUAGCUAA